GUACUCAGUGCUGUGGUCAGUGGUAAAGCCAUCACGGAAGAUUUGGUUUUGGAAGAUAUCAGGGAACAUCAAAAGAACAAACAAAACAAGGAAGGAUUGCAGAAAAGAAAAUGUACAAAAUCAAAGAAAACUGAAGAUUCACCAAAACCAAGUACGUCAGGAAUUCUUUUCCCACCCAGUGCUAACACAAAACAGCAGCUUGAAGAUGAAGACGAUACAUCGGAGGAAUAUGACGACCCUAGCGAUCUUUGCUGCAAGUGCAAGAAGAGCCAACCAGACGAAUACAAACACUGUGUUUCACUUUGCUUCGUUUCGUGGGCACAAUGCACCUAUCCGGCAUGUCAGCAUUGGGUACAUUUAAAAUUUUGCACUCCAGUUAGGGUUGUACGGAGACAUUCCGAAUUUUGGUGUCCUUGCCAUAAUGGAAUGGAAGAGUAAUAAUCACUGGAGUAAAAAAAAACUGAAAAAAAUUAUGUAAAAUAUGUUAAACGUUUAGCCUAAAUUUUUCUUUAUUCUGAAAGUUAAGUAACAUUGAUUGAAAGUUACAAACAUUUUUAAAUCAGUUAUAUAACGUGGAAUUAAGUGUAAAAUAUGACAUCAAUAGUGCUCCAUACAACGCAACAGCGACCGAGAAAAUAGCCGACCAACGAAACGAUCGAAAACAUGUGACGUUAUUAAAAUACAGAGGAAAUUCCUUUACGACAAAGCAAGACGUUUUCUCCAAGGAUAUUAUGGAAUUCAUUGCGGAUUACUGGUGUUUUAUGUGGUAAACUAUUGUGGCAACAGGUAGGUAAAUUAUUAAAUACUUACAAUUUUUUAUUUAUAUUUUAUUCAUAUAUUUCGCUUAAACGAUCGAAAACACGUGACGCCAGGAUACGGCAUUUAGAAAUAGCCUGGAUAUUAUGUUAAACAGUGUAUUUCAAUAAGCAAACAUUCUAUCAGGAGAGCAGAGUUUUUUGGAAUUUACUGCAGUGUUAAAAAAGUGAUGUCCAUUUUCGUCACAUCCUGGCACAUUUUACUUUCUCCAGGGUUCGCACGGGCCUGGAAAAGACUUUGAAUUUUGACGUAGUACUUGAAAAGUACUGGAAUUUUGCAAAUUCAGAAAAGGUCCUGGAAAAGUACUGGAAUUUCAUUAAAAACUACUUGAAAAUUGCCGAAAUGUACUUGAGGGUUUUUUUUACAAGCAGAAUGUCUCUCUUACUGAUUAAAAUCUGGAAAAAAUAAUAAGGAUUUGCUGACGUAUUUCUCGGGUAUUUAUCGUAAUCAAAACCCGGAAGUGAUAUGUGUUGCUGACGAUAUAGAUAGACUGGCAUACAAGUCCUUGCUGCGCUUGCUAUAUGCACCACAGUGUGAAGAUUAAAGUAGACUGGGCUGCUGUCUACUGGAAACAGUGCAUUACUAAUAGUUGAACCGGUUUAUGAGCGAGACAGGUAACCAGUCGUGUGCUGAAAAACGGUCAGCUGUAGUUAACUAGUGAUGUGUGUGUGUUAAACUGCUUGUAACAUUGUGCCAAAGACUACUUGAAAAACUGAAAAAUAUACUUGAAAAGUACUUGAAAAGUACUGGAAUUUCUGUUCACCAGGUGGACGGUACAGUAAAGAAAUGUCAUCUGAAGACCUCCAGGAGGGUGAUGUCACUGUCAGCCAAUACUCAGCAGAACCGAAUGUUGCCUAUGACAGACUAUAUGUCAAACAACGUGUUGUCAAGGUUACCAGACUGAACCCUAAUACGCCCAUCUCCAACAAGGAGAUUCGUUUUGUCUGCCUUUCGGACACACACUCGAGAAUUGAACGAACUCCUGAUGCCAUCCCAUUUGGAGAUGUUUUGCUGCAUGCUGGUGACUUGACUAACAUAGGGUUGGCUGCACACGUCGACACGUUUAAUACAUUUUUAGGAAUGUUACCUCACAAAGUGAAAUUUGUAAUAGCAGGAAACCAUGAUAUUUCAUUUGACAAUAGCAUAAUGCAGAACCCUCAGGAGUUCACCAAAUAUAUUGAUGUCACCCGACAGUAUUUACAGUCCCGAAAUUUGAAGAGCGUUAAACAGCUACUGACCAACUGUGUUUACCUAGAAGACUCCACAGCUGAGGUGUGUGGCAUCAAGAUCUACGGAGCUCCUUGGGUUCCUCAGUAUUGUGACAUGGGCUUUAACUUGGAGCGAGGACAGGCUCUCCUUGACAAGUGGAACCAUAUACCCAACGACACCGACAUCCUCAUCACACACGGUCCACCACUGGGUCGCGGUGACCUCUCUUCAAUGGGUCUCCGAGCUGGUUGUGUAGAGUUACUCAACACAGUACAGAGAAGAGUGCAGCCAAAGGUCCAUUUAUUCGGUCAUAUUCAUGAAGGUUACGGGAUGACAUCUGAUGGACAAACAACAUUUAUUAAUGCCUCGAACUGUACCGUGCGAUGCAAGUGUACAAAUCCACCAAUUGUAUUUGAUCUACCUAUCCCAGCUGGACAUAGCAAGAGCGAACUUGCAGCCAUUAACAUGGAGGAUGUGAAUCUUACUCAUAAGGAGACGUGAGGAGAACUCCCAUCUACACUUGAUACAUUGGGCAAUAUAUAAACAUCAUACAACAUAUGUAUUUUUCUCUCCCUCUCUCUCUCUCUCUCUCUCUCUCUCUCUCUCUCUCUCUCUCUCUCUCUCUCAUUUCUAUUUGACCUGUAUAUAACAGCCACCUGCUUACGGCAGCCCUUUCAUGUGAAUAUACAUGUGUAUUUAAGUGUCUGUGUGGUUGUGUGUGUAUAUGCACCAUCUGUCCAUAAGAGCCACUAUAAAACCGUCCAAUGCAUUUCCGUCUAUAUUUGACCUAUCUAUAACAGCCUCCUGGACCCAUAUUCACAAAAUAUCGUAAGCCUAGUUUUACACCUAAACGUAAAUCUACGACUGAAGAGCUAUUCACGAAACAACGAAAACGUAAGUUAUGUGUAAAGUUAGACGUAAAUAUAAG